GAAGACGUGAAGCACGUCCGCCCUGUGCUGCAUGGAUUGGUCAAGGAGAAGUUGCUCGCAUAUCUUCGGACGGGCAAGCUUCACUACUACCGCGCCCUGUGGAACUUGCAGACAGUUGUUCUCCGCAACCUCCAAGUCGAAUCCGUGUUGGAUCUCAUUCCGGGUAUGGAGUCAGAUAUUUUGGAUCCAGCCCACUACUUGACGGAAGAGUUCAUGUACCAGAACGGCCAGGGCGGAUGCGAACGACGCGAUCAGAAUCAAAGGACAUCGGUUCGAAUUGUCUUGGCCGCUCCGGCCGUGGCGCUUCAGAAGACCCACGGACCCCAAUUUAUGAACUUUGGCAACAAUGCCACAGCACUCUCCAUUUGCAUCUUCUUGAAGCACAACGAGGCAGCAAAGGCCUGCCGG